CCAUCUCACCUCAAAAAGAUUUAAAGAGCAUUACACUAUAAGAGAAGCUUAGGCUAAGUGUCCCCCCACAUGCUCUCCUACUUCUUCUCCCUUCACACUUUUGUCUUCCAUGGAAGCGGACGACCACAUUCCCACAAAUAAAUAUCAAGCCGCCGUCUCGCCGCCGUCGACUUCAUCAAACGAAGCCGCCAAAGAAUCGGCUGACAGCCGGAAAAAGCAGACGGCGGCGCCGGCGCCGGCGGCUAAGAAGCCGAAGAAGAAUGACGACGGGAAACACCCAAUCUUCCGCGGCGUGCGGAAGCGGAGCUGGGGGAGAUGGGUAUCGGAAAUUCGCGAGCCGAGGAAGAAGUCGAGAAUCUGGCUCGGGACAUUCGCCACGGCGGAAAUGGCGGCUCGGGCUCACGACGUAGCCGCCAUAGCCAUCAAGGGCUCCUCGGCUGUCCUCAAUUUCCCCGAGUUAGCCGCCAAGCUCCCCCGCCCGGCUUCCAAGUCGGCCAAGGACGUCCAAGCCGCCGCCGCGAAAGCCGCAUCCCUCGACUACCCGCCGGACCCGCCCAGCCGAGCCGAACCCGAGCCAUUCUCCCCCGAGGAAACCGCAACUUCCGAAUCCUCGUCGGAUUCUCCGUCGAGCUUCAACGAGGACCCGUUUCUCGGCCUUCCGGAUCUUCUCUUCAACCCGGCCCACCAAGCCGCCGCCCCCGAGUUCGGCUACGCUUCUUCGCCGUGGCACCAGCUGGCUGGAUUCGAGCCGUUUCACACUGAUAUUUGGUCAGAAGAGAAUUUUCUGUGGGAUUACAGCUAAAAAGCAGCCGCCUUUUUAGCACAGCUAGCUCAAGCUGGUGAUUCUCCACUGGUAAAUCUGCAUGGCUUAAAGAGUGAUUAAUUAAUAUUGUUACUGUAAUUAAUCGCAGUAAAAUAUUAAGUUUUCUUUCAUAAAUCUUUGGAUUUACCUGUGGAAAAAAAGUUAUCCGAGGUAAAUGACAAGAACGAAAAUUUUAAUGUAAAUUAUUAAAGCGGAAUAAAACAUUCUCUUAGGCUCUGUUUGGAUUGAAUUUAUUUUUAUUAACGCGUUAAA